AUGUCCCGGCCGGGCUCCACUUCGAUCGCCGGGGACAUCUCUCGCCUCCGGUCCACCGCCCCGGCGCGGCCACCUCCUCCCCAGCAGUCGGCCGCAACCUCGCGAUCUCCCCCGCCGCCGCCGCCGCCGCCGCCGCCGCCGCCGGCAGCCCCCUCAGUGGCGCCUUCUGCUGGUCAGGAGCGACGAGGCGCGCGGUCUCGUCGCUUGCGUCGCGGCCGCCGGCCUGGCGCCCCCCUCGUCCCCGAAGUGCUGGCUCACAACCAGCCCAAAGUGCCUGUCGCCCGACCGGCGACGCCCUCGGCCGAUGUGGCGGACGCCUUCUUCCAGCAGAUGCUCUAUUUCCCCGGUCUCCUGACGGACGACCCGGUGUCCGGGCUGGAGACAGUGCAUCGGCUGCUGGCCGGCCGGUUGACGGAGGUCUCACCCGGGGAGGGCAUCCAGGUGGCCGACCUCCGGCAUUAUCACCGGCGCAUGGCGGCCCCUCAUGUGGGGUACUGGCGUCUGGCCCGUGCUACCAACGCCCCCCUUCGCCAGGUGCUGGCCGUUCGGGCUGCAUGGGAUGUCUUUGCUCAACGGCGUCGGCGAGGCCGCCUCCUGGGUCCCGGGCCGCCAGCCCGUCUCCUUGCCACAGCCCCCAACCAGCCACCCCCGGUUCUGCUUGCACCGUCUCGGCCGCCAGUUCGCCGACCGCUGCCGCUCGACGAGCGUACCCUCUCUGGCCGCUGGGGCCUCCAGCCACCGGACCAUUGGGCUCAGUGGCCGCGGCUGGCCGCCAGUCGACCGCAGUUGGACGACACCGGCCGCCAGUAGCGGCGACGCAGCAUCAUACGCACAAAUGCACACAUGCCCAAGAAAGGGAGAAAGGCAGAGAAGAAAGAGGAAAGGGGGAGACACGGG